CUCCCAGUGCGCCUGCGCCGCGGAUCCCUUUUCCUCCUCCGCGCUUCCCACUCGGCUGCCAGCCCUCCAGAGGAGCCUCUCCGGCGCCCGAGGUCAGGACCGGGCCCUUCGUUUCUUUCCCAGGAGAAGCGGGCCGCCUCUGGCCGCUGUAGUCCGGGUCGUAUAGCCUGCCAUGUUGGAGGGGACCUGAAGGGCCGAGGGCAGGCUGCUGAGACAGGGCCUGCCUCGACUGCCUUCAGGCCGCGGGAAGAGUCUUUCUAAAGGAGCGCUCCCAGCUGGCUUCAGUCUCUUCAGAGUUGACGUUCCCCGCCGCCAGAUGGAUCAGAAGCUGCCUGAGCUGGUGGAGGCGCUAACCACCUCAGGAGAAGCGCAGCUGGAUCCCGGAAAGAUGAAGGAGCUGAAGAAGAUUUGCAAGUCUUCUGAUGAGCACAUUUGCCAUGUAUAUCACCUACUGAUGACACAGCUAAAUCAAGAACAUGCUCAGAUACGUCUUUCAGCGUUUCAAAUUGUGGACGAACUCUUCAUCCGUUCACAUCAGUUCAGGACUUUAAUUAUUUCAAACUUUCAAGAAUUACUGGAGCUCACAGUGGAAACAGACUAUGACCAGCCUCUCCCCCCACCAAAUGACGUAGCGCAAAAACUUAAAACACUUGCCAUUAAGUCGGUCCAAAAGUGGCAUGAGAAAUAUGGAGAGGCCUAUAAGAAACUUUCACUGGGAUACCAUUUCUUAAAGCAAAACAAGAAGGUUGAUUUUCAAAAUAUAAGUGCCAGGACUUUAGCUGAAAGGAAGAGAGAUGAAGAGAAACAAAAACGUUUGGAUAGCAUUUACAAAGUUAAAGCUCAGAGAGCAGAGAAUGAAAUGGACGAUAUGUCCCAUGAAAUCCACACUGUACUGACAGAAAUGGAGAACUGUGUUCAGCUUCUGAUUCCAGAUCCUUUUGACUUCAUGGUGAAUGGCAAUGAAACAGUUGAUUGGAGAACAGCCAGAAUGGAUAAAACUAUUUCUUCUUCAUCAUCUUUGGAGAAGGCAAAUCAGCAGACCUCUUUCCUUCAAGAUGAGGAGCAGCCCUGUUGUAGCAAAUACCUUCCGCCCAUGGUUCCAGUUCCAAGAACUGAUAGCAGAGAUGUGGAUGGGAAAGCCCAGGAUUGCGCAGGCACUAAAGACUGUCUGGAAUCUGAACCGACUUCUGCAGCUGGUGGAGAUAAUGAUCAUGCAACCUUUGUUCGGAGUCAUGGUCUUGGUUCUCAUAAAUAUAGUCUUAAUCUUGAAAUAUCUACAGAUAUGAAACUUCAGGAGAAUGAAGACAAUACAGCUGUAAUAAACAGUGCUGCAGAUUCCUGUAAGCUCAUCCAAAAUAAAUUCUUGCCUUCUGUACAAUCUUGGAUUCAGUUGUUCACAAGGGCUGGAAUAAGUGAUGAUCGUCUAAGGCAAGCCAUUGAACUUAAAAAUAAAUUGGAGACCGCUGUGAAGAAAUAUAAGGAAAUGAAUAUUAACUUUAAAGAGAGGAAGAGGAAAGUGAGGAAAGCUACAGAUGAGGAGGAGGAAGAGGAGGAAGAAGAGGAAGACGAUGACUUCAUAGAAGUGCCUGAAAAGGAGGGCUAUGAGCCCCACAUUCCAGAUCACCUUCGUAAGGAAUAUGGUUUGGAGCCUGUGAUUCCACCAAAAAGCUUUGGCAGUGGGAUAAUAAGAAAGACAUCUGCUAUGACUUCCCAGUCUCGAGCUAAAAGAAAUGAAGAAGAGCUUGAUCCAACCUGUGCAGCUGCAACAUGGAAAAUUAUCCAGGAUAAACUGCCUAGAUUACCAUCUACAAAUGACAGAAAAUCUGAACCAACAAACUCACAGGAACUGAACAGAAAACGUGAAGAGGAGAAAACCAAGGCUCCACUCGUGCCUUUUGGGGUAGAUCUCUUCUACUGGGGCCAAGAGCAACCUGCAUCUUCUGGCAGGAUUCUUAAAUUUUCUUCUGAGCAUCGCUUUUGGGCCCCCAGUGAAGUGGAAGAAGAAGUAGAAAACGAAGAAGUUGCAGAGAUGCUGAAAAGCAGAUACAUAACAUUUGCUGGAAAGUUUGAACCAGUGAAACACAAAUGCAGGGCACCAAUGCCUAGUGGAGGACUAUGUGAAAGACAGGAUAGAUUUAAGUGCCCUUUUCAUGGGAAAAUAAUUCCUCGAGAUGAAUCUGGGAUCCCGAUUAAUCAAGAGGACAGAGAUCGGGAAGCAAAGAAACAGUUUGAAGAAAAGGAAAAACAACCAGAGUGGCAAGAUCCAGAAUUUAUGAGGGACAUUGAAGCAGUUGCUGGAGUUGAUCUGGGGUCUACUCGAUAUAGUGAAAAAGGGAAAAAAGGAAAAAACAAAGGGAAGAAAAAGAAAUACCCAAACCUGAUCGACCUAAAGCAACAGGCAAACACUUGUCGUUCCCGCCUGGAAAAGAAAGUUUUCAAUAAGACAGCAGUAAAACGGGUGGUUCAAGAAAUGAAUCGAAUGGAUCAAAGAAAACACGAAAAGUUUGCAAACCAGUUUAACUAUGCAUUGAACUGAAUGUCAUACAUGAAAAGACAGAAAAAACACUGAACAUUACUCCAAUGUUUAAAUAUUUUAUUGGAAUAUUAAUUGCCAUAUAAUUUAAUAUUUGAUUGCAACAUGAAUUUUUAUAAAUGAACUGUGUACAUGUUUCUAUUUAUAAACCUAUACAUUGGCAAACUACCUGAAUUUUACAUUAUAAAAUAGUCCUACCACUUGCAUAUAUUGCAGCAGCCUUCUGGAAUGUUUUGUGGAGUUUCUAGUUGGAUUUUCUGCCUUUAACAUAAUUCUGUAUGUAUCAAAGAUCUCUCUCGGUGCAAUUUUGCUUUUUCACAUGAUGAGUGGUGCAUUGGUAAAGAACUGAGUAAUAGUGAAAGUACAACUCUGACAGCAAUAGAAACAUAGAGUUUUUAUUAGGUAGCCGGCCUCUUCAGGGAAAUGUAUUUCAUGAAAUGUUUAGUGUCAAUCUAAGUAUUGGGGACCAUUGUCCCACCCCCACCCUCUAACAUCUCCCUUCCACCUAUAACAUUAGAGAGAUCACCUUCUAGCUAUCACACACUGCAAGAAGAUGCCAAUGCCAAUGGCUUCGAGUCAGGACGGGAUCAAGGGUUGCAUUCUAGAAAUUCUGAGUUUCUCACCCAAACAGAGUUUUCCUCUUCCUUGGCUCAGCUUUGUCCUUUUGCACUUUCCACUCCAUAACCUUGGACUUGACUUUCUGAAAAUUUGUGGACUGCUCGUUACAUCAUUAUUUUAAAAUCUCUGUUAAAAUCUUAUUUUCCAAAGCUUUCAAAAUGUUCAUUUAAUACUGUUUUACACUCUUUUCUAUUCUGAUUACAUGUAUUGGUCUGUUUAUAAUAUAUUAUACUUUUUGCACUUUGUCUGGAUGAAAUUUGUAAAGUUUAUUAUGCCUUUCUUCCCUAUAUGUGUGUAUUGUACAUAUAUUUUAGAGAGUAGUCCAUUGGCAAGAUCCAUUGUUUUCUGUUGUUUUACUUGUAAAGCUUCAUGCACAUGGGUGAUGUACUAUAAACAAUAACAAUUAUAAUUUGACCAUUAUGAUGCUGAUGGGAAAUGCUUAUCGGGGGAAAGAGAGGGCACAUGAUGCACCAUGGAGGCUCAUUUUUAUGUGGUCACAGAGAUAUAAUGCUAAGCUCCAAGGGAUGCUUAUUUUCUAAUAUGGGAAUAAAAUUGGAUGUUGAGCAAAAUGUACUGUA